AUGAGUUUCAAGCGCUCCGUUGCCAAGGUUGUCCUUGAUCUUUCCCAAGAUAGUAAAGGUACAGGAUACGUUUUAAUUUGACGUUGGACUAGUAUCUAUUUUUUAGUUCCCAUAUUUUAGGUAACAAUUUGAAUUCCGAAGCUCCCAAGCCUCGUACGCCAGUCAGGUCCCACUUCUCUUGGUCCUCGUUCUCCUGCACCGCCAUCAAGAAACAGAAACCAUUGAAAUGUUUCGAAGAUAAAACAGAAUUCAAACAGUGGAUCGAGGACGGAAAUUGGGUUCUGUAAGGUUUACCUCUCAGAGAAUUUACCGCUUAUUAAGCAGGAUAUACGUUUGCGGCAAUUUUUCCAGAUUUUCGAUUUAGUUAUAUUGUACAUGGCAAUUUCAGGGAUGACACUCGUUUUCGCCGCCGUGAUAAUUACCUUCAAAUGCGCUACGUCUGCAAAACUUCUCGUUCCACUCGAAGAUGUAAAUGUGAUGCUGAAAUUGGAGUUAUGGUGUGCGACACUUCCUUUAUUGUCUACGGAAACGAUACGCAUUCUUCUCACAGGAAAGAAAAGCCCAACCACAGUGGAUCCAUUGAUCAGGAGGUCUUCGAAGCUGUUGUUGAAUUGAAAGAUGAGUGUCCAGAUCUCGCUGACUUUGAGAUAGUCGCCAAACUGAAGGUAGGACGGUGCUUUCUUUUGUUAGUCCAUCUUAUUUUAGCCCAGAUUCCCAUUGAUCAGGGUUUACACGGUUAACAAGUGCCUCAAGCGCUUCAAGAAAGAUUUCUUCGCUUCCUCGGGACAUAAUUAUGUCUGGUGGUGA